UGACAGCACUACGCGAGCACUGGGACGAGGCCAAUGCCCGCGUGCUGCAGCGCAAGGCGCAGCUGGACGCCAUGCUGGGCGACUCGCAGCGAUACGAGGCCCGACGCCGCGACGCCGACGCCUGGCUGUCGCGCAUGGAGGCCCGCCUCGCUGCCAUGCAGCCGCCUGCCAACACCGCUGAUGUACUGGAGAUGCAGCUGCGGGAACAGAAGUCAUUCCACGCUGAAGUGCAUCAAUACAAACACCAGAUCGAACUAUUCGGCCAGCUGACACAGCGUCUGAUUGCAGUUUAUCGCAAUGACGAUACGACUCGCAUCAAACGUUCCACUGAGGCUAUCAACCACAGAUACAAUGAGCUGAACAACAGCAUUGUCGCUCGAGGCAAAGCGUUGCAUUCAGCUGUAUCGUCGCUGCAGAACUUCGACCGAUCGCUGGAAAAAUUCGUCGCUUGGUUGAGUGAGGCGGAAUCGUUGCUGGACGCUGCGGAGCGGGAUCCUCAUCUGUUAAAGGCAGACAUUUGA